AUGUCAGUGUCUUCGGUGUCACUGAGCUCCGAUGCCAAUGUCCGAUAUCAACGACUGGCACAGGAGUACACGAAGCUCAGGGCUCAGGCGAAAGUGCUCCGAGAGGGAGUGCUCGAGGAGAGGGGGCGGGGCGAUAAGUUGGCGGAAGAACUGAAAUCGAAAGAAGCCGUCAUCCGACGUCUUCAAGCCGAAAACGAGUCUCUCACAUUUCGAAACGAUCAACUCGCUCGUCGCGUCGAAAACUUUCAAUUCGAACCGCCCAUCUCCUCGACGUCUUCUCAACGAAAAAAGGCUCCGCCCCCUCAAGAUUCCGGCGGUCGAAUUGAGCUUCUGGAGCACGAAUUGCGUCAGAAGCUGGCGGAAAAUGAGCGUUUAGUGAGCAAACUGGAUGAAUCCGAAAGGCAACACGAGAUAGAAAUGGCUGAAAUGUCGGAGAAACUGGCGAAAGAGAUGCGAAUUCUGCAGGAUGACGUGAAGAGGAUGAGGAUGAAAACGACGAAAGCGAGUAGGCAGGAGGAGAUUCAGGAGAUUCAGGAGCAAAAAGAGAUUCAGAGGAAUCAUGAAAAAGAAGAGGAAGAAAAGGAGAUGGUGAUUGGGAGCCCCGAGCCACCAGAGUCACACGAAGAGGCCAGAAUUAUGGUGGCUGAGGCGACGAGGGGAAGCUUUUCAGCGCUAACCAACGUGUUCACCCUCCUACAACAACGCUGCGAGAUCUAUCCGUUCGAUUCGAAACUCGAACGUCUUCCCACUCACGUCGAGAAGCUCUCCUCCGAAUACGCACAAACCGCCCGUCUCUUCUCGAAUCUCGUCGAAAUUCUGGAUUCAAUCAUCUCGAAUUCCGUCUUCGAACCCGCUGAGCAACUCCCUGAAAUCACAUCAAAAUGCCGGCUGAUAUCUCAACAUUGUAAUCAAAUGUUGAGAGAUUUGGUACGACAAAUGACAGAAGAGGAGAAUCGAGUGACGUGGUGCUCGGCUCCGUUGAGCAAGUUGAAUAAUCAGUGGAUGGCUUUGAUUCUGGAACUUUUUGACGUCUUCGAACGGGUUACUGUAUCGUUAGGGUCUUCUGAAUCUGAGCUCCUUCUCUCCUCCCUAGAUUCUCUCGAUCAAAUCACCAGCGCCCUUCUCGAUUGCUUCCAGAAGCGCUGGAUAUUCGAGGCGCGGCUCCCAACGACGACUCGUCGUAUGCGGUGUGUGGGGGCGGCGCUUGAAGAGGCGCUCCAAAUGGCGUCGCAGGAGACGUCGAAGCUCGCGGCGCGGGGGAGACGGGUGACGAUGAUGGAGAAGGAGAGGGGCGUCAAGGAGCAGAAGGAGAGGGAGGAGGCGGAGCGUGCUCCAGAAAUUUUGGAGCCCCAGAAUCCCUUUGACGAUGAAGAUGAGGACGACUUCAAGGACGCCUCGGAGACACCGGAGCCUCCCACCGGAGCUCCGGAGCCUCCAGAACCUCCCAAGAUUCAGAAGACGUCAGUGGCUCCAUCUGAAGCCCCGCCCCCUUCAGACCACCUCCACACCGAGCUCCGCCUCCUUGCCACCCGCAACGAGGAGCUCCAAAAAGAGCGUGACAAACUGUUCGUCGACAACUCUCUCGUCAAACGAAAGCUUGAAAUCGCUAGCGCUGGAACCGAGAAAUCGACGGAUAUCGAUCAGAUAUGGUCGAUUGGAAUGGAGAGACGAGAUGAGUGGAUUCAGAGGGUGCAGAAAGCGGAGAAGGCGUUGAGAUUCUAUCAGAUUGAGUUCGACCUGCUGCUCCGCCACGAGCUUGCCUCCGAAGAGCACCUGAAACGCGUGCUCGCCGAGCUCGACUCGGUCACAAAACACAAUAAUCGGCUGAAAGAUGAGCUGGAAAGUGUACGAAAAGGCUACGAAUCACAGCUCGGCGACCUGUCGGAACAUCUCGCAACACUUGUGAAAGAGAGAGAAAAAGAGAAGGAAUCGAACAAGAGUCGUGGAAGUCUGAAAUCGUUCUUCAACAAGUCCUGA